AUGAGGUGGGGAGCAGUGGGCAACGUCUUCAGCCGAAUACGGAUUACAAGUGUGACUGCAAGAUACAGGAAAACCAUCUUAGAGAGGUUAAACUUGGUAACUGGGAAAGAGGAAUCUUCAGUUUUCAGCACUGGCCAGAAGCGAGCACCUAAGCGGGGAGAACAGCAAGGAUUGAAUAACAGAGGAGCAGAGGUGAAACAAGACAAAAUUGAAUGGAGACAGUCUUUCAGGGAAUACCGUUCCUAUGAAACAGAAAGACAAGCGGAACUCACAGUGGAAAGAAAUCUUCUUUUUAGACCAACUGAAAGAUUAGACCGUGAAAGGCCAGUAAGAGGUCGUGGCGGAGGAAGAGGUGGAAUGCGAGGUAGAGGAAGAGGUGGUGGAAUAAAUAGAAGUUUCAAUGGUUUUGAGCAAAGAGGAAAACGGGAAUUUGAAAGACCAAGUUGGAAUGACAAAAUUGGGAUGGAACAGACUGCUCCUGUGGAAGAGACUGCAGAAACGGCUGAGCAGUCAGGGACGUCUGAAGGAGAACCUCUGAACAAAGUUGCUGAAGAAGAGCCAGUGGAAGAAGUAGUUCAAGAAAUGACGUUAGAUGAGUGGAAAAAUCUUCAGCAACAGAAUCGACCAAAGCCUGAAUUCAACAUCCGGAAGCCAGCAUCCACUGUUCCUUCCAAAGCAGUGGUGAUUCACAAGUCAAAAUAUAGCAAUAAUUUGCAAAAAGAAGACUUUGAAGAUGAUUCUCAUGUCUUUCGAAGACCAGUGAAUGACAUAACGUCUCAGCUGGAUAUUAAUUUUGGGAGUCUUCCUCGCCCUGGCCGUGGAUCAAGAGGAGCACGAGGUGGUCGUGGUCGUGGCAGACGAAUUGAGGAGACAGGACCUCGACCAGAAGUAGUGCAGCUUGUUGCUCCAAAUCCUGAUGAUCCUGAGGAUUUUCCAGCUUUAGCUUGA